AUGGGAGAAUCCAGCAAACUGCUGCGAUACGCUGACGUAGCAAUAAACCUAGGUGACCCAGUAUUCACCGGUGUCUAUCACGGGAGGAAAAUCCACGAGGACGACUUGGAUGAUAUAAUCCAGCGGGCACUGGAUGUCGGUUGUCAGAAACUCAUGGUCACAGGCUCUGACCUGGACGAGUCGCGACAUGCUGUAGCAAUUGCUAAAGCUCAUCCUGGCAUCUGCUAUGCCACCGUCGGCGUGCAUCCCUGCCAAGCAAAACUCUUCGAGCAUUACCCCGGAGGCACGGAGAAGAUGCUACAGGAGCUGCGAACCCUAGCGCUGGAAGCUAAAGAAUCCGGCCAUGCCACGGCCUUUGGUGAGAUAGGUCUGGACUACGACCGUCUCUUCCUCUCGCCCAAGGAGCCACAGUUGAAAUAUUUCGAGGCACAGCUGGAUAUUGCAGUUGAGAUCCAAUUACCCUUAUUCCUACAUUCCAGAGCCGCGAGCGAGGACUUUGAGCGGUUGCUUGCUCCGCGACUCGCGAAGUUGCCAAAGGGAGGCCUUGUUCAUAGUUUUACUGGAACUAUGGAGGAGAUGGAGAGAUUGGUUGAAUUGGGGCUGGAUAUUGGCGUGAAUGGGUGUAGCCUUAAGACAGAAGAGAAUUUAGAGGUUGUUAAGGCUAUGCCGCUUGAGCGGAUGCAACUUGAAACUGAUGGGCCGUGGUGCGAAAUUCGGCCAUCACAUGCCUCGUUUAAAUACCUCGAAGGCGCCCCAGCACUACCCAAGUCAUUUAAAAAGGAGAAAUGGCAAAAGGGGUGUAUGGUAAAAGGCCGCAAUGAACCUGUGACCAUUUGCCAGGUUGCACAGGUAGUUGCGAAAAUAAAGGGUAUCCCCGUUGAGGAGGUUUGCGAAACUACGUGGAACAAUUCGGUGAAGAUGUUUGGUCUGGGAGAAAACAUCUCUUGA